UGCACAAAUUUGCUUAUGUCGCUAGCAUUCACCAUUGUGUACGUUGUGCUUUCAGGUGUUCGUGGGAGGUUGGGAGGGCAGCCUCAGGAGGAGGAGGAGGAUAUACGGAGGUCAGUGUGUGCUCACUUCAAGGAGAGACCAGGAGAGCACGACAACAGCAAGGAGAUGCUGGUGUACGACGAGCGGGGCGCAGUGGCCGUGCGCUGCGCCACCGCCGCCGACGCCUGCUACUCCUACUGGACCUACCGCAGGUCGGCCGACAACGACUCCGAAAUAUUGUGGCUCAGUAGAGGUUGCUGGGAUGGGAAGUACUCACACUGUAACAGCUCAUCAUGUGUGGCAUCUUCCCCUUCAAUAAGUAAUAGUUACUUCUGCUGUUGCACUGGUAGUAUGUGCAAUGAAGACGUCACACCAGCAACAGAGUCCAGCCCCACUCCAGCAGAGCCUCCAGACUCAGAUGACAGUGAAAACAAAGAUGAGUUGGAAGACUAUCUUUUGGUGCUGUAUGUGCUGUUGACAAUCGCAUUUAUAUUGCUGGUGAUAUGCAUCGCAGGAACAGCUCUACGCUGGAGGAAAACCAAGCCAGCCCCUCACCCUACACCAGCUGAAGACCCUCCCAGCUCCCCAUGUAUUGAUAUGGAUUCUAUUAAAUUUAUGGAAAUCAUAGGUCAAGGUCGAUUUGGUACAGCAUAUCGUGCUGUAGUACAGAGUGAGGAGAUAGCAGUGAAGCUUUUUCCCCAGCAUUAUAAAUCUUCAUAUCAAAAUGAGAAAUAUAUUUAUUCUCUUCCUCUAAUGGAACAUUCCAACCUUUUGUCAUACCUAGGUGGGGGUGAGUGUGUUGGACCUGAUGGUAACAUAUAUUAUGGACUGGUGCUGUCGUAUUGCCCCAAUGGUCGUCUUAGCUCCUACUUAGCAGAAAAUACACUAAGCUGGUCCACAUUUUGUCAGAUUGUUUUAAGUGCCACACGAGGUCUUGCACAUCUACAUUCAGACAUAAGGAAAGGAGAUAUCAUAAAACCAUGCAUUAGCCAUAGGGACUUCAACACCCGCAAUUUACUGCUUACUGAAAAUUUAUUGUGCGUUGUAUCUGACUUGGGCUUUGCUAUUCAUACGCAAGGAGCCAAAUAUUUUAUUAAUGGUGAAGAGCAGCAUGCAGAGACAUCAUCAUUGACAGAUGUUGGAACAUUAAGGUAUAUGGCUCCAGAAGUUCUUGAAGGAGCAGUAAAUCUUAGGGAUUGUGAAGCAGCCUUGAAGCAGAUAGACAUUUAUGCCCUGGGUCUAGUGUUGUGGGAGUGUGCAGCACGUUGCCAUGAUCUUUACCAGGGCCUUCAAACUCCCCCAUACAAGUUGCCUUUCCAGGCUGAAAUUGGUCUUCAUCCAACGUUCGAACAAGUACAAGUUCUAGUAACUCGCAACAAGGCUCGGCCACUGUUCCCGUCAGUGUGGAAGGACACAAACCCUGCAAUUCGCUUGCUUAAAGAAACAAUUGAAGAUUGCUGGGACCAUGAUGCUGAAGCACGACUCUCAGCUAUGUGUGUUGAGGGACGACUGGCAGAGUUGCCUGUUCUAUGGGACAGAUAUAAAUCAAGCUUAGGUGUAAAUGGUGUGAGUCCAACAAUGAACCCAAUGUCCAACUUGAUGGUAACACAGAGACAGGGAGAAAUGUUCAGCGGUCUGGUGGGAAAUGGAGGAAAGGUCAUCAGCAAUGCCAUCACUCCACGAGAUAAGGAAUCCAGCGUGUCUGAAGCCACUGUAGAGACGACUAUCACUGGUUCCCCGUCAGAACCCUCAUAUGAUGCAUGUCUUGGUAAGAAUCAACUGAUUGGAACAUUGCAGCCUCCCAUACCACCUCUCCAGCCACACCAGGGCCGCAAUCCUUGCAUGGAACGCAACCUGAUUCGAGAAGUGCCCCAAGAACUCAGUGUUUCAGGCAAUAUCCUCAUAGAUCAUUUGAAAGGCAGUGAUAUAAAUUCUAUUAAUGCUAUCAAUUCUGUGAACUUGAUGGAUGCCUUGGAUGUUCAACAGGCUUUAGAGUCUCAUAUGUUUACUAAUGAACAAAUGAUGCCUUUGUUGAAUGGGCACUCUAACACUGCUUCAGUAGUGUCACAGCCACGCCCUGCACUUCCCCCACCAACCUUAGUUCAGCCAAUACCAUAUGUACAGAAUGAAGUUCGUUCUAUUGAUAAUCAACCUAAACGACAAAACACAGCUGUACGAGAGGAAGACAAUCGUGAUCAUGGUUAUAGUAGUGGAAAAGGUAGCCCAUGGCGACGAUGGCGUAAUACUUGGGAAGAUCGAUUGAAAGCAUUAAUUCCAAGGCGACGGCACCACAAUGUUGAAGAUGAAGAGAGACAAGAGAUAUUAGUUACCCCCACUAGUAGUAGUCUGUCAGAGCCACCAACACCACUGACUGCAACACAGUCAGUGACAGUCACAGCAGCACAUCUACCCGUGCAAACUGAGGUGCUCCUCACAAAUGGUGGCCCUCAUACUAUAAUUUCGCCAAAUCAUUCACUAAAUACACAGCAUUCAUCACUGCCAAAUUACAUUGCCGAAACCGAGAUUGGUAUUGCAAAACUGCAUCUACAGAAUGGCUAUGCACCAGUAAUUAGAUCAAAGCAAGGAUCAAAUGAUAGUGGACUUAAUAAAUCAAGCGAAAAUAGUGCUAGUUUUGUGGACAGUGAUAAUUCUUGUGAGAAAUUAAAGAGACCUACAACACUUACUCUACCAGAUAGGUCACACCAUAGUCUUUCAAAUAAAUCUGAAAAACAACAGUUAAAUCAGGAGAUUAAUCAAGACACUCAAAGUACAGACUGCCAAGAGAGUAAUCCUGGAUUGGACACUGAAGAGUCACCACCAUUAAGGAAAGCAAAGCAGCGUGUGAAAACCCCCCGCAGACCUAUGAAUCCUCGUCUUUCACUGUAUGAUGAUCGCAUCAUGGGAUGUGAUGAGAGUCAGGAAGAUGGGCAAGUUAUCAAAGAUGAAGCUUACUUGGAUGAGAGCCUAUCACAUUCCUUACCUCUUCACAUGGAUACCCUGGAGCAACAGCAACCAUUCCUCACUAAAAGUGUAAUUGUAACAUCAGCUCCCUCUCGGAAUAUGAGUGCAGCUUCCCUGAGGCAUACAAAGGUAGCUAGCACAAUGAGCAGCAGUAAAGGCAGUAGCAGGGGUGGUAGCCAGGCAUCACUUGGACAAGAGCUUCCCUAUACUCAUACUCAGCCAAACCAUCAGUCAGUUGGUGUUUUGUAAAUUGUUAUUCAGGGAGGUUAAUGAAAGUGCGCCUCUUAAGGUAAUCGACCAGCUGCUUACUUUGUAUAUUAUUUUGAAAUGUAAGUCAUCUGAUGUAUUUCAGAAGUUCAGUGAUAUAAAAUCUCACAUGCCCUGUUGAGUGUGUGUGAUUUAAUGUAAUAUUCCAAAUUAAUGUGGAUACUGAGUUAAGCUGCCAGUAGUGUGGAAGAGACAUAUUAUUGUUAGGACAAGAGAGCACUGCAUGUUAAUAACAUAUGUUUGCAAGCUUUUAGGUUUCCAUUUUUAUAUUAUUUCUCCUUGGCUUUAGUGUUUACCUGUAGAUAAUUCUGUUUUAUGCAAGUAGACCAACUGAUUUUUCUAUAACCCAUAGUAAAGCCAUUUUGCCUUGAAAAGUGAUAUUUUAAGCAGCAUUGUUUAUAAAUAGAAAAAGGCUAAAAUAUUGUAUGUGGCUAUUUUUCCUUUUACAUAAUUUUAUGUAUAGUCAGCAGAAUAUUAAAAUGCAGACAGUGGCUACUUUCUUUUAAGGGAUUUUAAAGAUGAUUGUUGUAUUUUUGUUUUUUAAUACAGCCGGAAAGGCUAACACAUUCUAGUCUAUAUUAAGUAACUACUCCAUAUGCCUGGUGUGGCUUGACACGAGACCAUCCGAGCAAUGUUUUUCUCAUACAGGUGUAAAUUAUUGAGUGAACAGUAAUCCACUUCUCUGCUGUAUGAAAAAUGUGAAAACUAUAUAGUAUAUUGUAUAACAGUUGCUUAUAUAUAUAUACAGUACCUGUAAUUCUCAUUAACCUUCAAGAUUUAGCAUAUGUUUCCUGACAGAUCCCAUUCAGUAUUCUUUAUAUGUAUUAUACUGCAGUGGUUGACCAAGUACCUGGAUAAGAAUGUGAUAGCAUUGAACAAUGUGGAAAUGAGGCACUAUUAAAUUAGCGAGUCAUUCAAAGAUGUGAUAAUUAUUAACUAAAGUAUUAACUUGGUGUCCAGUGAUGAAGAAAAGACUACAUUCAUAGCUCAUUUUCAAGGUCAUUUUAACUGUUGCUAGAGAGGUCAAGUCAGGUCAACACCAGGAAUUUUGUAUAUGGUUUACUUUUUCUUGCAUUGGUGUAAUUUGCAAUUAUUAUUGUUUUUUACAACUUAUUAUCAUUUAAUUUUAUAUAUAUUUUUUAUAUCAGGAUUUACAGAUUUGACUUCUUGUAUGAAGAAUGGUAUGAGGGUGUCCGAGCACUGAAGCUCAGUGUCAUUGAAGGAAAAUUCAUCUUCAUCUUGAAAACGUUGGAUAACAUUGAGUGAUUUUUAGAUACCCACUUAAAUUUUCUUUCGAAAUUUGUAUCCUUGGAAACAUUAGAAUGAAAUUAUUAUUGUGGUAAACUACAAUGUUAGAUGUAAAAAAACAAAAAAGGCUUUGCUUGCAAAACCAAAAAAGGAUUUUUGUUAGGUAGCCAUGGUUUUUAGUUCUCCAUAAGUGUACUAUUUCUCCCAAUUUAGUUCAAAUGCAAUUGUUUAUAUUGUUUUGCUGGAUCAGUAUUUUUUAAGGGUCAACAUUGUUUUCCCAGAGUCAGUCUAGAAGUGGAAAUAAAGGAGAUUUUUAUAUUUGGUGGUAUUUAACUGAGCUUCGUUAAGACAGCUUCCCACAUGACAAUGUGGUUGCUUAGCAUAUUCGUACACUUUGUAUUUUGAAAUUCAGUAUCUCGAAUUUUGUUUUCAUUUGUAUUCCUGUUUCAUUAUUAAAUUUACAUUGUGUUUUGUGAAUUUGGAUAUACUGUAUUUUGCUGGAAGAUAUAUAAACUUUUUUCUUUGCCAAAUUCUUUGAAUUUGGGUGUACAACAUUUUUUGAAAUUUACAGUUAGUAAAUGUUUUUCGUUGCAAUAUAUUCACUUGAGAUAUAACCCUAAGGCUUUUGCUGGACAAUUCAUUCCCAAGAAGAUCAAGAAAAAGUGGUAACAAUUUGUUUUGCCUGUGCCAGAUUUGCAAGUAAAGCUUAUUCUUGCUUAGCUUUAGGUCAAAUAUACCAUAAAAAGUUAAGCAACUGGCUCACUGAUGUAGGCUUUCACUCUUUAUCAGGACACUCCUUGACAUAUGAACUCUAAUUUUUAUAAUAUUUCUGCCUAAAGAGUUGUUGGGUCACAAAUUUUUAAUAUGCAUCUUCAGGUUUGUGUUACCUCUCAUCCCUUUUUUAAUAUUCUGUUGUUAUGAAAAUUAAUUGCAGCUCCAAUUCUUCACCUAUAAUAUUUUUAGACCAUUUUAUUUCCAUUGAGGUUAAGUUCUUUAUAUUUUUUGCCUUUAUAAGAGGCUAGAAAAAUAGUCUUUCCUCACUUUCAACAAGAAUAAAGAUUUGUAUUGUUGCUAAGAUAUAUUCUAGGUAAAUGGAAUGCCUGGACGUAAUGUUAACCACUGAGUUAUGUGGAAUGCUUGGACAUAAUGUGGCCACAAACCCAGCGACUAGAUUUAACCACUUUUUCUUAAUUAUUUUCUAACUGAAAUUAAGUCUUGCUGUAUACAUGACAUGACACGAAGUUUGAGAUAUCACAGAAAAAAAGUAAACAAAACCAAAAUAUAUGUUAAACAUAUAACAGCCUCUUUGAUUUAAAGGGGCAUUUAAAUAUCUUCUGCAAGGUUUGAAAAUAUUUCCACUUGAGAGUAGAGACAUACCUCGCUGCUCAGUGAUUGGGAUUGGUUCCAAGAUUUCAGAUGGUUAUGGGGGCUGGAAUAAAUGGGAGUCCUAAAACUCUUAGAGGGAAAAACCAAAGUUUUACAAAAGGAAAUAUUUGAUCUCAAAUUUACUUACAAACAUAGUACAAAAGUAGUUUAACACUCGCCAAGCGGCCAUCCAUACAUGUAACACUCACCAUAUAUAAUAGGUUGGUAUGCUGCAUGUUGUGGUUUUGUAUGAAAAUGUGAUGGAAAUUUAUUUAGCAGCACAUGGUGGUGAGCAGUCAAGAGACAUAUGUUGGUAUUCUUGCCUAAGUCUUUAAAACUCAAAAGGGAAAAAUGACCCAAUUUCAUCUACAUAUUAUACCAGUGAUGUAACCAUCUUCUCACAGUAUAAGCCAUGAUACAUGUCUUGGCAUGAGAGGAGAACUGUGUUUGGCACCAUGUUCUGAUGUACUAGCUAAGCACAUCACUUCCAUUUUUCUCUUCCAUUAUGAAAGACAGUGCUGUAAUUCAGCUGCACUGAAUGCUUGUUGAUGAGUAUAACCGGCAUCUCCGACAAUUUCCAGCAAAACAGUGUUUCACAACUUACCUUGAGAGAAAAUGUGUGGGGGGCACCCAAGUGCAAUGUGCUAACACUGCUCAGUGCCUCACUGUUAAGAGGUUACCCCCUUCAACCUAACACCUUAGUGACAUACAGCUCUUCUCAUUGAUCAUAGCAGUCUUUGUUUUUACCUUGUAUCUUCUCCUUUUUUUCCCUUGUCAUUGCACUUUGGCCAUAGUAUCCAAAAGGACUGCAGUGAUACCAAAAGUCAGAGGGCAAACCAAGAAUAUUUGAUGUUCAUGAAAAUAUUGAAUGCUUUUAGUGGAAGCUCUUAUGGCUGAGAUUAUGGAGUGAAUGACAUGAACAUUGAGUAUAGUGACUCAGUCAAAAAUUGUGUGACUUGUGCAGCUCAUUAAAAUGACUUUUCAAGACUUUGAGACUUCUCGAGAAGACAGUUGUGUAUUAAACAGGAGCUCUGAUAUUGAAAGAAACAUUUAAACAUUUAUGUGGAGAGUAUGAACCCUUCUUCCUCUAGUGAAAUGAAUAGAUAAAAAAUGGCUAGUAUGACAUUUGUGCAGCUCAAUAAGACAGAAGUUGCUGAAUGUACUGUAAUUCCCUAUUUGAGUUUAUGAGGAAGUGGGAACAGGUUAGCUCUAGUGUUGGGUGGCAGAUGAUGUUGUUGCCUAGGUUUUUAACAUAAAAACUCAAAGGAACAAACUAAUUUCUUUAUUUUUGACCAAGUGAUAUAAAUGUAUUGUCAUAGUUAUUAUAAUCCCUCUAUAGAGCCUACUUCCAGUGUGACAUUGCUCGGCUCAUUCAACUUCUUUACUCCCCACAAUUACAAGUUUGUGUGAGUAUGGGGAUGAUUAAAAAAAAAAAAAUUGGG